AGGCCGAAAUCUCUCGAACCUUCCUUUUUAAUAUCUUUCUUACAUCUCACGAAGGUCUUCCAAAGAUAUUUUCUCUCACCCCAAACGCCCCUAAAGAUUUAAAAAAAAAAAAAGUAGCGACAAGAAAAACUGGUGUUUCAGCUUAUUUAAGUACAUUUGAUUUUUGUCUUGCUGUUGUUCCUGUUUCUAAGGUCUCAGAAAGCUAUGAUUUUUCUGUAGCUUGUUUUUUUUGUUUUGAAGAGCGAGAGAGAUAGCAAAGAGAGAGAAAGGGAGGGAGGGAUUUUGGACGGCUGAGAUGAAUCGGGAAGGAGGAUCCAACGGCGGAUCUUGUUAUUACUCUGUUCUCGGGAUUCGCAAGGACGCCUCCUUCUCCGAUAUCCGCACUGCUUAUCGUAAGCUCGCUCUGAAAUGGCAUCCGGACAGAUACGCCAGAAAUCCGGGCGUCGCCGGCGAAGCCAAACGCCGGUUUCAGCAAAUCCAAGAAGCUUAUUCCGUUCUCUCCGACGAGAGCAAGAGAUCAAUGUAUGACGCCGGCCUUUACGAUCCCUUGGAAGAAGAAGACCAAGACUUCUGUGAUUUUAUGCAAGAGAUGAUCUCGAUGAUGAACAAUGUGAAAGACGAGGGGGAUAGCUUUGAGGAUUUACAAAGGAUGUUUGCUGAUAUGGUCGGCGGAGACGGCAUGAGCUUUGAUGUCAACACUGAUCCAAGGGAGACGAAGAGGGCACGUGUAACGGCAUCUAAAGGCAAUGCGACGAAGAGGAACGGUUCUCGCCAUUGACGCGUGGCGUGUUGUCAUCUAACCCCCCUUUGUCCCAAUCCCAUCCAUUAUUAGGAGUAACUUAAUUUAGGGCUAAUUUGGGAGCCUUGAAUGUUGCGACUUUUCCAUUGAUCAUAAUAAAGUUUUCUUUUCUAUUUGUCUU